AUGGGGAGCUAUGGGUCAGGAAGGGGGUCAGUGGGGCUGAGGGGGGUCCCUGUGUCCCUGUCCCCAGCACGGGGGGAGCUCCUGGGCUGCUUCGGGCUGACGGAGCCCAACCACGGCAGCGACCCCGCGCGCAUGGAGACGCGGGCGCGCUACAACCCCGGCUCCCGCAGCUACACCCUGCGCGGGGCCAAGACCUGGAUCACGAACGCUCCGGUGGCCGACCUGUGCCUGGUGUGGGCCGUGUGCGAGCAGGACGGGCGCGUGCGGGGCUUCCUGGUGGAGCGGGGCCGUGGGGGGCUCAGCACCCCCGGCAUCCAGGGCAAGUUCUCGCUGCGGGCCUCGGCCACGGGCAUGAUCCUCAUGGACGACGUGGAGGUGCCCGAGGAGAACGUGCUGCCCGGCGCCGUGGGGCUGGCGGGUCCCUUUGGCUGCCUCACCCAUGCGCGCUACGGCAUCGCCUGGGGGGCUCUGGGUGCUGCUGAGGCCUGUUUGGAGACGGCGCGUCAGUACGUCCUGGACAGGCACCAGUUUGGGGGCCCGCUGGCACGGAACCAGUUGGUGCAGAAGAAGCUGGCGGACAUGGUGACCGAGAUCGCAUUGGGGCUCCAAGCUUGCCUUCGCCUCGGGCGCCUCAAGGACGAGGGCCGGGCAGCCCCCGAGAUGGUGUCGAUGCUGAAGCGGAACUCGUGCGGGAAGGCGCUGAGCAUCGCGCGGGAGGCGCGGGACAUGCUGGGGGGCAACGGGGUCUGCGACGAGUUCCACGUCAUCCGUCACCUCCUCAACCUGGAGGCUGUCAACACCUAUGAAGGCACCCACGACAUCCACGCGCUCAUCCUGGGCCGGGCCAUCACCGGUAUCCAGGCAUUCGCCCCCCCGGCACCGCGGAGCUGAUGGGGCCACAGCAGGGCCAGGAUGGCACCGGGAGGGGGUCAUGGUGUCACCAGCGGAACCACGGUGUCACCG